UGUUUCCGGUUUGCUGACGUAAUUUACCACUGACCAAAGAACAUCGAAGACAGUUUAGCGUUGGCUCGAUUAGCCACAGUUUGGACAUUUUCCCAAAAUUCAAACGUGCCAUUAUAUUGGCUCAAUUCUUUAGAAGAAUUCGUGUUCAGAAGUGGACGUAUUUAGCUGUAACGAAGAUACAACGCUGAACGUCGACUUUAGGUGCGUCAUAUUUAGCCUGCAAUCAAAGGGAUUUUUUUUUCUCUUCAGCAACUUUGCCGACACUGACCAUCUCAUCGUGCCUCAGCAUUCACUUCUGUGAAGGGUACACACGGUUUCCCUAUCACUUUCUGCGCUUGGAUUUUAUAAACCGUGGAACGCAGUCUGACUGAAGCGUGACCAUGGAUUUCUCCCACUCCCACACCCACACACCCCCACUGCGCUCUCUGAGGAACACAGGCUUCGCCUCCUCCCACUCCCACACCUCCACCUCCACCUCCACACCCCCAACAUGCGCUCUGGAGAACACGGGCUACACCUACUCCCUCAGCUCCAGCUACACAUCCUUGCCCUCCAAGCUCCAGAAGGAGAAGCGGGCCGCCGCCGCCGCCGCGUUCGACCCCCCCAAAAUGUCCCGCCGGAGCCUGCGGCUGCACACCACGGGCGGUCACUAUGGCGACGACAGCCUGCUGGACUCCUCCCUCAACCACAGCGUCACCUACGCUUCCAGUUCGGCCAGUCGCAGGGACUCCAGGACGCUGAAGAGCAGGAGGCAGCACCAGUCACUGUCCAGCUCCCAGUCGCUACUGCACACCCCGCGCAAGUCUCAGUCUGGCGCCGCCCUGCUGGCCCACACCAGCCUGCACAGCUGCGCUGCCAGUGACUCCUCACUGCUCUCCACCAUGCUGGACGAGUCGUGCAUUCAGGAGCGCACGCUGGUCGACAGCUUCUGGGGCUUGGAUGAGGAAACCGAUCUCAGAGGUUUAUUAUUGAUCAUGGUGUCCGCUGCGGACCGCAGUGUGGCGCUGGUUAAUGGGGACACAAACUCGGCUCAGACUCAGACCUCCGUGCUCAACGGCUACAUCUGCGGGGACUGCAGCGUGCACUCGGAGAGGAAGGACGCCCUCACCGCCUACUCUUCCUCCAGAAACAACUCCUCCUCCUCCUCCUCAUGCACCGCAGUGUCGCGCUCCGCCCACACAGACUCCGCCUCCGCCGCCGCCGCCGCCGCCGCCGCGGCCUCCUCCACCACCAUCUACUCCCGUGACAAAAGCCGCAAGCACAAGACGGGUCUCCUGGCGUCGGCGACAAACCGCUUCCUGCUCUACAGCAGGAGUGCGCUGGUCUGCCUGGUUUCCGUGGCGACCCUGCUGGCGCGCAGCAUUCCGAUACAGAGGCUGAAGGAGAGCAGAGGUGUGCUGGCGUCCCUCUCAGAGUCCUGCCUGUGCUUCAGCAGGAGGGCUGCUUCCUCCAUCGCUGCCUUUGCCACCUCGUUAGUGCGCAGUGUCCUUCUGAAGAUGCACCAGACAGGAAGUGAUGUCAGUGACCGAGCCCACCAGCGCUACUGCGGGAGCGUUAAUGUCAAUCACCUGACGGCCGCUGACGGACAGCUCACUUUAAAUGGGUCUCUGUUAACAGGGCCCUGCAUCGACAGUUUUCUCCCAGUGCCACCUCAGUUUGAUUUAAUUGUAAUCUGCGCCUUAAUUAAAUCUGUUGACGUGCGCGUCUUUUCUCCUGUUUCCUCCCUCCCGCCGCUGCGGCCCCCAGGUGACGACUGCAAAGGGAAGCAGCACCAGGAGACCCUGGCGGUGCGGGCGCGGUCCUCCAGGGCAGGCCGCCUGAUGGGGGCGCUGUGGGGCGCCCUUGCUUUCGCAGGUGCCUCUGUGCUGCGGGCGGGUCCAGCGCUGGGAUUGGCGGGCUGGUCUGCGGCCUCCUCGCUGCUGUCUGUCCUGCGGGCGGCCGCCGCGUCUCCAGGUAAAGCUGUCACCGGAGCCUUCUGGUGGCUGGGCACCGCCUGGUACCAGCUGGUCACCCUGGCGUCCCUGCUCAACGUCUUCCUCCUGACUCGAGUUCUGCCCAAACUCUGCAAACUACUGCUGUUCCUGCUCCCGUUGCUCCUACUUCUGGGUGUGUGGUUCUGGUGUCCGGCCUCCAUGCUGGCCUACCUGCCCGCCGUCAACCUGACGGCCUGGAGCACGGCCUCGCACCUCCCCUGGGCUGGGCCCACAGCGCCCUCUGCAGCGCUGGAGGAGCUGACUCACCCCACCACCGCUCUACCACCAACCGCCUCACAGGCAGGGAACGCACACCCUACCGCUGCUCCCCCACAGGUACGGGCCCCACACCCCACCCCCCUCCCCCACAGGUACGGGCCCCACACCCCACCCCCCUCCCCCACAGUGGCGUGGGCUCGGACGAAGCGCUUCCCGCGACAGGCCGGCCGCUUGGAGGCGGCGGCCGUGCAGAGGCAGCACGGAGUGCUGGGCUCUACGCCCCGAGCAGCUGACACAGACCGACAGAGAGCCUGGCCGGAUCAGGCCUGGACCGGCUCCUGCGAGCACAGCGAGCAGGCAGGAGGAGGAGGGUGCACUGCGGGUGAGGAGGGAGGAGUGGACCUGCGGGACAGGGAGAGCCUGGGCCUGUGGAUGUCGGGCCUCCUGGACCAGCGGCUGGGCCUGCUGAGCAGCGAGCUGGAGCAGGGCGAGGAGAGGGAGGAGGAGGCCCAGCAGCAGUACGUGCAGCAGCAGCAGAGUCAUGAGUCCCGAUUGGCUGAGAUGGAGACGCUGCUGCAGGCGCUGACGGCCAAGACUGAGGACCUGCAGCAGAGACCAGAGACGGCCACAGCAGCAGCUCCAGUGAGUGUGGGUGUGGACAGCGAGACCCACAGCGCCCUGCUGGGGCAGGUGCAGCGGCUGGAGGCGGAGCUUGCCCGCAUCAGGCAGGACCUGCAGGGCGUGAUUGGCUGCCAGGGACGGUGUGACCAGCUGGACAGCCUCCACGACACGGUGUCUGCGCAGGUGAAGCAGGAGCUGCGGGCGCUGUUCUACGGCGCGGGGCGGGAGGGGGAGGAGGAGGAGGAAGAGCUGCCGGCGCCGCUGCUGCCCUGGCUGUCCGCGCAGUUCGCGCGCGGCUCGGACCUGCGCGCCUCCCUGGCCUCUCUGGAGAGGAGCAUCCUGGGUAACCUGUCCCUGCAGCUGGAGCAGAGCAGGCAGCCGCCCGACGCAGGCGCCUUCGCCCACACCGUGGCCAGCGCCGUGGGGGCUGCUGGGAUGUCUGAGGAGCAGGUGCAGCUGAUCGUGAGGAACGCUCUGGAGCUCUACUCCCAGGACCGCACCGGCCUGGUGGACUACGCCCUGGAGUCUGGAGGUGGAAGUGUCCUGAGCACACGCUGCUCAGAGACGUUCGAGACUAAGACGGCGUUAAUGAGCCUCUUCGGCCUGCCUCUCUGGUACUUCUCCCAGUCACCCCGCGUCGUCAUACAGCCUGACGUCCACCCUGGGAACUGCUGGGCUUUCAAAGGCUCCCAGGGCUACCUGGUGAUCCGGCUGUCUAUGAGGGUUCGGCCCACGGCCUUCUCCGUAGAGCACAUCCCCAAAUCCCUGUCCCCUACCGGCAACAUCAGCAGCGCCCCCCGCGAGUUCACCAUUUAUGGUCUGGAGGAUGAGGCCCAGGAGGUGGGAGAAGUGCUGGGUCAGUACACCUACCAGGAGGACGGCGACUCCCUGCAGACCUUCCCCAUUACGGUGCAGAGUGUGCAGCCCUACCAGAUCAUUGAGAUGCGCGUGCUGUCUAACUGGGGCCACCCGGAGUAUACCUGCCUGUACCGCUUCCGCGUGCACGGGGAGCCCGCCCCUCUCCCCGAGGGGAAGGGCCAGUGACGGACAGCUCAGUGGGAGGGGGGAGGUCACUGAAACCGGGUCUUAUGAUGUUGAAAUAAAGACACUUUUUUUUUUUUUUUAAAUGAGUGACUGUAAGUCGCUCUCCAAACCCAGCACUUAACUUGUGGCACCCAAACGCUCCUGUGGGAGAGCCUGGAUCCUGCUGUUUUGGGGGGGGGGGGGGGGUGUCUGGCCAGGACGCGCUGCCGCCCUCUCGGUGGCUGCAUCUCAGCCCUGCCACUGGGCUCUUCCCUCCCCAGCUCCAUCCUGCCUCCAGCCACGUCCCCCCCCCCUCUCCGCUGUUUUUAAACCCCUCUCUUUUAAUCACAUUCACGCGUAUGCUAUCAAUGGGCCCGCCCCCUUCGCUUCUCCCACCAAUGGCCUGCAGCGGAGGGCGGGGACUCGUCAGCCCCCCUGAAGCGGGCCUGCACUUCCUGUGUAUGCAAACUCAGUCCGCAGCUACCGUCCUGCUGAGAAUUCUGCUGCCGUCGCUUACCAGCCUGAGGAACCGCAGAAGGGAUCCUGGCUUUCAUUCGGACUCUCCUCAAGCUUUGCUUGUAAAAACGAGUGCGCUGCAGUCAGGUCCAGCCCCUCCACACGGGCCCAUAGCGUAUUUAACACAACCAUCCGGCCAGUCUUUGAAUGCGUCGUCAUUCCAGGCACACGCCACAUUGGAACUCAUCGGUUACACCGCUAUUUUUCUUUCUUUUAACGGUUAUGACCUCUGACCUGGACCAGUGCAGGCUGCUGGAAGCACGCGUUGCAGCGUCUGUAGAGAGAUGGCUCUCCACGCCUAGAAUCCAGACUCCGCACCCUGGCGCCCGCUGUCCCCAAAGGUCUGACUCGGACCAUAACGGUGUUGCCAUCUCUCCCAGAGAACGACCACGCGGGAAUCUGAGCUGUAUAUUUUGUUAAUAGUUUUUUGAAAUCUGCUGAUAUCAGUGUUGCAUUCAUUGUGUUUUUAUUUUAAUUUUUAAACUGGUAAUACUGAAGGAUGUGUCACUACGACUACAGAAAGGUGUGCUGGACAGAUCCAAUCUGAAUGAACACAUUGGACUACAAGAUGAUGACAAUCGGAAGGUUAAAUAAGCCCUUUUGUUUCUUUGGUAUGACCCUUUACAGGAUGUGUUUAACUAUUUAUUUCUGUUACGAGAAAAGAUAGGACUUGAUGCAAUGUAUUUUUGUAAGAGGCUUUUCAAACUAUUUUGUAAUUGUUAUGGGCGGGACAAUAUAGGGUGUUACUGUUUUUAUAUCGUUUUCAUUUUUGUCUUUGCAUAAGAUUAAUAAACUGCCAUUGAAUAUGUUGAAAUAAAAGAAAUUAAUUUUUGA